AUGCCAAGUGUAUCAACCUUGCUGACCAACCCGUCUCUGGUGAUCCUUCAGAGUCACGUCAGCUUCAGUUACCCUCGACCCCAUGUGCCCAACGUGAUUGAGACCGGAGGAAUGCAUAUCCAACAACCACAGGCGCUACCAAAGGAUCUGAAGAAACUAAUGGACGCUGCAGAGGACGGCAUCAUAUUUUUCAGUAUGGGUUCUGCUGUAAAGAGCUCAGAUUUUCCAGAGGAGAAGCUCCAGGCCUUUAUAGGCGCGUUCUCCAGGCUGAAACAACUCGUCCUCUGGAAGUGGGAGAAUGACACGAUGCCUGGAAAACCACCGAAUGUACAUCUGAGCAAAUGGUUUCCGCAGUCUGAUUUGUUAGCCCACAAGAACAUGAGACUGUUCAUGUCUCACGGAGGACUGCAGAGCACUCUGGAAGCGACGGCUCGGGGAGUUCCGCUGAUCGGGAUGCCAGUAAUGGCUGAGCAACGUUACAACGUCCAGAGGGUCGUCAAGCACGGUUACGGGAUCAGGCUGGAUCUCACCAACGUAACUGCCCAGUCUGUGGAGUGGGCUGUUUACGAAAUUUUAAAUAACCCUAAAUACCGCGAGAAGGCGGAGCAGCGCUCCCGCCUGUUCUGGGACCGUCCAGAGAGCCCUGUGGAGACGGCCGUCUACUGGACAGAGUACGUGCUGAGGCACCGGGGCGCCCCCCACCUGCGCAGCGCGGCCCUCCACCUCAGCUGGCACCAGUACCUCCUGCUGGACGUCGCUGCCCUGCUGCUGGCUGGAGCGCUCCUGGUGCUUAUAGUCGCUGUCGUGGCUCUUAGGAGACUCUACAAGCUAAUCACAGCAAAGACGUCUUCACCACAUGAACAAAAGAGAAAGAAGACCACGAAAAAAGAAUGA